AUGAGCGCUUCGGAGGGCAGGCUGCCUCACUGCGUCCUUCAAACUUCACAAGUGGCAGCAGGCUCAUUCAAGCCGCAGCCAUCACCCACUGCCCAAGCACCAGCCAACUGGGAUCUGGCAACAGCAGCCCAUGUUGGAGGCUUUGGAAAGCGGGAGGAGCGCACACUUCAAAAGGCCCUUGGAGAUGGCUCUGCUCGGCAGGGAGAGCAGCAGCCUGAGCGGCUGCCGCCUUAUUGGUACAGCUGCCCUGUGCGCGGGCGAAGGCGGGGGGGCCUAUGGGUUUGGUGGGCUCUUCUGGGGUACUGUGCGUCUUGCCUUUGCUUCAACAUCGCGGAGUGUAUCAACACUGCUGUUCUUGCUGCAGUUGCAGCCCCCAGAAAACCAUCCUUAGUGCAUGCACUGACGGACCCGAGCAACAACUCCGCCGCAGCUUUGCUGCUGGCAGCGGCAGCGCCUUGCGUUUCUGCGCCUCCCUGGGAGGAGCUCGUCUACAGGGGGUUUUGCCUGCCGCUCCUCGGGCGGUACAUUUCGCUUCCCGGUGCCAUCGCUGCCUCCUCAUUCUUAUUCUCCCUCCACCACAUGAGCCUAGAAACGCUGCUGCCCCUGUGGGCCCUCGGCGCCGCGUGGUGCGGGGUGUACAUACACUCCGGCUCGCUCACGGUGCCCAUUGCAAUCCACGCCAUGUGGAACAGCCGGGUCUUUCUCAGCAGCUUGCUGCACUUGUAA